AUAUCAACAGCAUUUAGCUAGACUAUUUAUCGCAAACAUUUGCCAAAAAAAAGAGUAAAACCAUAACCAAGUUGCUUUUGAAACAUUUUGUUUUGGAAAGCAUAGACAGGAAAUGCUCUUAUUUUGUACGCUGGAGGGCUUUACGUUGGUAAAACGAGCCGAAGAGGCAGGCAAGACUUUAUGGGAUGAAAACAGACGAGUGUGUAUCAGUGUUUCCAGCUACUGACAGUUAAUUGUGACGCAGAAGACACGCCGAAGGAUCCGCAGGGCUCAUGUAGACCAGCAGGCAGACUAACCACCGGGACACGGGAGCGCAGCGGGGGUCUGGAAAAUGGUAGCGGUGAAGUGAAAAGACGGCCAAAAGUCUGGAUGAAAGGCACCAAAGUAAGUUACUCGGAACAUAGGCUGACGAGAAGUUCUGAAAAGCAUAAUGGCAUUCCUUCUGUGGCUUGGCCUGUCGCUUCUGACCUCAGUCCGGUCCAACGCUGUCAAGAACUGCCACCAUGGUUGUCGCUGCGAGGUGGAAAGUUUCGGCCUGUUUGACAGCUUCAGCCUGACCAGGGUGGACUGCCGAGGGUUGGGACCCGCCACCACCAUGCCCAUCCCCAUCCCACUGGACACUGCCCACCUAGACCUGUCCUCCAACGCCAUGGGCCCGAUCAGUGACACUAUGUUAGCUGGUCCAGGCUACACUACCCUUGUAAGCUUGGACCUCAGCAGCAACCUUAUAACAAAGGUAACACCCAAUGCUUUGUCCAAGCUGCGUUACCUGGAGUCUCUGGAUCUGAGCCACAACAACCUGGAGAGCCUCUCCCCAAGCUGCUUCUCCAGCCUCCCUCUGGCUGAAGUUGACCUCAGCCACAACAGCUUCCAGGAGUUCAACAUGGAUGUGUUUGCCACUAAAAUUAAUGGUCAACCUGUCAGCGUGGAUCUGUCUCAUAACAAGCUUGUUUCAGUCUCCACAACUUUGCAAGUGUUACACAUUCAAAGCUUAAAUUUGUCAGCAAACCGGAUGUUGAGCAUACCGAGGCUGGCAGGACUUCCUCUGCGGUAUCUCAAUCUGGAUGGUAACCCCAUCAAACAGAUCAAGGAGGGAGCUUUUGCUCAGCUGAAUGAUCUGGGUUAUUUAUCCAUCAGUGGCCUCCAUGAGCUUCAGGAGAUUGAGCCGUACAGCUUUAAGGGCCUUCAGAACCUACAAGUUCUGGAUCUCUCAAACAACCCCAAGCUCAAGACUAUAAACCCUGUGGUUUUCAGCGGACUAGACUCCCUGCAAGAGCUGAAUUUGUCUGGCUCUGGUGUAGUGUCCUUGCCAAAUAACAUGCUGACCCACCUGGCCAGUAUUAAGAGUAUUACACUGGGCCAAAACAUCCACUGCUGGAGGACCCAGAAACAGGGUCAGUUUCACCGGCAGCUGGGUCAGGUCCAACACAACGACGUGCUGAACUGUAAUGUAGAGGGCAUCGUGCUGUGAAACGGUGAGUGUAGAAAUUGACCACUCCUUAAGGAGCCAGUGUACUCCAUCAGAAGUUCUUGUCGGAUGGUUGAAUGGCUUCCAAAACCCCCUCUCCCUACACCAUUUCUACGUUGAAUAUAACUAUUAAGACUUUUUAUUGGGCUAAAUAACCCUCUUACAACCAAGUUCUGCUAGACCAUACUCUGGCCCUUACAAUCCUGAUACCAGAGCUGUGCCUUAUCUGCUUAAGCAAAACAUUUUUUUUUGUGUUCCUUUCACCCUAUUACCUCUGUACCAAGGUGAGCCUUUGGAAUAUGUCUUAUAGGUUUAAAGUAUCCUUCAUGAGCUCUGAGCAUACGAGUAUCAUACCUGCUGUACCCUUUAGAAAAACAAUGAUAAAAUGUACAGCAUCCUACAUAGCACAUAUACAUUUAUUUUACAUCUUAACAUGAAGCCUCAACUGGUAGAGAACCAUUACUAAAUCAAACCAAGCAUUAUUCAUACGUUAUGUACUUAAGUUACAGUGGGACCAUAGUAAGAGCUAUUUCCACUUAUUCCAGUUGCAAAUAGCUGUAAUUUAUAUGAUGCACUAGAAACAUGGCCUUAAUUUCAUCCAGUACUAUAUACCUUAUGUGCAUUGCUCAUAAUAUCCACACUGAAGAAUAUUUUACAACUGUUGACCACUAAGCUGUUUUAUUUGACUUUGAAUGUGAUGCUUUAUUGAAACCAUUAAAGGGAUAGUUAGACAUUUUGGGUAAUGUAUUUACACGUAUGUUUUCUAACCCAGAGUUAGUUAAGAAGAUUCUCAUGUAUGUUUGUUUAAUUUGAAGCUACAGCCAGCAGCUGGUUAGCUUAGGACAAAGCAUGGAAACAGGGAAACAGUUAGCCUGGCUCUGUCCAAACCUCUAAUUAACAUGUGUCUGGUUUGUAAUAAAUAAUAGAAUAACUGCAUUUAUAAUACGUGUGUAAAAACAAUAGUUGUGGUUGUAUGGGAGGACAGCUUCCUAGAGUCUUGUCCUUGUACCCAUUUAACACAAUAACCUGUUUUUAUGCGUCCAUCCUGUUUCCAGUCUUAAUGCUAAACUAAGUUACUGGCUGUAGAGUUACCAUACAGAUAUUUUAUAUGUGUCUCCUAAAACCAGACAUCUUUUAUUCAGCAGGGUCUGGGUGGGAAACUGACAGUAGCCGGUAACGUGUGUAACUGUUAAAGGACAAAGAUUUCUUGCAACACCCACAAAAUGACAAUUUUUAUUACUUGAAUUUUUUAUUAUGACCACCAGCCCAAAUCUGACAUCUAGUCAAAUAUGUAUGGACAAUGUACCUUCAAAAUGACACAAGUUGGGUGUACAACUUUUGCAAAUGAAGUCAAUUCACCCUUUGACAUGGUGCUCAAUGAGUUUUUGAGAUAAC